UUUAAUCACAAAGUGGCGAGAUUUAAAAGGAACCACGGGAUGACUGUGAGGAGAUUCUGACACUGUGAGCUGCAUCGAUGCUGAAGAAUUAACUGUAUAUAUUUUACAGUGUUUUAUCUCCUUUUUAAUUUUUAGAGAGAUGUCUUAUCACAGUAAGGAGCUGAUGGAGCAUGUCCCGUAUGUCCCUCCACUGACUCUCCACGGCUUCUCCAUGGACAACAACUACAAGGACGCGCUCCGGCUCGGACUGCCCUUCCACCUGGACGCUGCAUACCUGGACUCUGUGCACGGCCAGAGGUCCCCCUACAGACGGUUAACCUAUUUCCCCUUCCACGUCCCCCUCGGUGUGUGUGAUUACUCCUUCGAGCCUGCGUUUAUCCGGAAAAGGAAUGAAAGGGAGCGCCAUCGAGUGCGCUGCGUAAACGAAGGUUACGCGCGGCUCCGGGAGCAUCUGCCGCAAGAGUUUGAGGACAAACGGCUCAGUAAAGUGGAGACCCUGCGUGCGGCUAUUGACUAUAUCAAACACCUGCAGAGCCUGUUGGACUUGUCCGGGAUGGAGACGUCACUUGGAGACGCGCGUAACCGGACAGACUGCAACAGUGAUGGAGAAUCCAAAACUGGCCUCAGAGACAGCGGGGAAACAGUUUGCUCUCUCUCAAUAUGAUCUGAUGUGCAUUAAUUAAAUCGGAAGGAAAGUUGAAUAUUCCUAACUGACAAGAUUUCUACUGUCUGAUUUUAUUCCACAGUCUAUAC